AAACUGUAGUAAUUUUUUUUUUUUUUAAUUAUAGGUAGUACAUUGCAUUUUAGGUCUUGUGAAAGCUAGUGCUCUUGUCACUUCCAUUCAGGUGGCAUCACGUGUCAUUCAAGCAUGGGGUAUUAUGAAUCCUAUUGAAAAUGUACAUAAUUCUCCAACUCUUGCACUUGCAAUCAUUGCUUGGUCAAUUAGUGAAAUUACUAGGUAUUCAUUUUAUUGUUGUAAUCUUUUGGGAUUACCAUCAAAAACACUUACAUGGUGCAGAUAUUCAUUUUUCGUGGCAUUAUACCCUGCAGGAGUUUUUAGUGAAGUCUCAAAUAUCUUUCUUGCAUUGGAUACAAUAAAAAGGAAGCAGUUAUUUUCCCUAACCCUUCCAAAUCCUAUGAACAUUUCAUUUAGUUUCUACUAUGCAAAUAUAUUAAUUUUGCUAUCAUAUAUUCCAUUGUUUCCUCACCUAUUUAAUCAUAUGCUGCGUCAACGGAAGAAAGUUUUAGGAGGAGAAUCUCUAAGUGAAAAUUUGAAAAAAUCAAAAUAGCGUUAUCAAAACUUGCAGAAUAUGUACACACUUUGGGAAAAAGUUCAAAUGCAAUGCAGCAGGCUUCACACAAUGUUCAUUAUUUUUUUUGAUUUAUAGGCAGAAAUAAAUUUGAAUACGUUUUUUGAUAUAGA